AGACCUCACUUAACGAUGAAUUGUUUCCAGGGCACCAAUGCCUCUGCUCUGGAAAAAGACAUUGGUCCAGAGCAGUUUCCGAUCAAUGAACACUACUUCGGAUUGGUCAAUUUUGGAAACACGUGCUACUGUAACUCCGUGCUUCAGGCAUUGUAUUUCUGCCGGCCCUUCCGGGAGAAUGUGUUGGCAUACAAGGCCCAGCAAAAAAAGAAGGAAAACCUGCUGACGUGCCUGGCGGACCUUUUCCACAGCAUUGCCACGCAGAAGAAGAAGGUUGGCGUCAUCCCACCAAAGAAGUUCAUUUCAAGGCUAAGGAAAGAGAACGAUCUCUUUGACAACUACAUGCAGCAGGAUGCUCACGAGUUUUUAAAUUAUUUGCUAAACACUAUUGCGGACAUCCUGCAGGAAGAGAAGAAACAGGAAAAACAAAACGGGAAAUUAAAAAAUGGCAACAUGAACGAACCUGCAGAGAGUAAUAAACCAGAACUCACCUGGGUCCACGAGAUUUUUCAGGGAACACUCACCAACGAAACCCGAUGCUUGAACUGUGAAACUGUGAGUAGCAAAGAUGAAGAUUUUCUUGACCUCUCUGUUGAUGUGGAGCAGAACACCUCCAUCACCCACUGCUUGAGAGACUUCAGCAACACAGAAACACUGUGUAGUGAACAAAAAUAUUAUUGUGAAACGUGUUGCAGCAAACAAGAGGCUCAGAAGAGGAUGAGGGUAAAAAAGCUGCCCAUGAUUUUGGCCCUGCACUUAAAGAGGUUCAAGUACAUGGAACAGCUGCACAGGUACACCAAGCUGUCUUACCGGGUGGUCUUCCCUCUGGAGCUCCGGCUCUUCAACACCUCCAGCGAUGCUGUGAACCUGGACCGCAUGUAUGACCUGGUUGCUGUCGUUGUUCACUGUGGAAGUGGUCCUAACCGUGGACAUUACAUCACCAUUGUGAAAAGUCAUGGCUUCUGGCUGUUGUUUGAUGACGACAUUGUAGAGAAAAUAGAUGCUCAAGCUAUUGAAGAAUUCUAUGGUCUGACAUCAGAUAUAUCAAAAAAUUCAGAAUCUGGAUAUAUUUUAUUCUAUCAAUCGAGAGAAUAACUUAGUGGAGCGUGGGACUAAUUCAAGCGGGGAAAUUCUCAAAGCACUAUAGCCUUGUUUCUCUGCAGACUUUCCUCUCCCCCACCUGCGGCCCACCGAUGUUAUCACUGAUGCCCACUGGUCUGGCAGUGUUAAACUUCCUUCCUUUGUGUUUUUACAUGCAGCACUACUCCUGGGUUUCUUCUGGUCUGAGGUAGAGUUAACUGCAGCCAGAUUCUAGUCAGAUUUUUAUGAAUUAACUUGUUAAUUUGAAGAUGGAGGUGAAUGUGUUUGUCACAUCUGGCUAAGCUAGAGUGACAUUUUCUGUAAAUGUCACAGCCCAUUUUGAGUGUUUGUUAGAUUUCCUGAAUGGUUUUCGGGGGUCUCCUUUCCAUGCAUUCCUUUGACAUGUCCCUGGGAGUGUUGCUACUAAUUGUUAGCUUGCCUGCCUGAUGGCAGGAAAUAGAUGUUCACCCGUCAAGGCUGCAACCAUAGCUUUAAAUUUGUGCAAGCGCAAAUGUUUAAAAGUGAGUGACGUCGAUGCCGAAAUCAUCCUCUGCAUUGGAACAGGGUGAAGCAAGGCUGUUGAUGGUGGCCAGCAUUUGCACCCAACAGUGCUUACCUAGCUGGUUGAAUCCCAGGGGCUAAGACUGUGGAGCUCAGGGCAGGCAAAGCCAAGAGGAAGAUGUUUUUGUGGAUAAUGAAAAGUUACUUAUCUUUCUACCAAAAGCCAAGUUUCAGGAAAACAAUGCAAUGCUGUUCAUUUUCAGUAACAUUUUUCUUCUGUCAGGUCCUGUAGUUGUAUUCUUCUUGUAUCUGGCAUUGCCUAAGCUUUUCAAGCUGUCUUUCCAACCCUGCUGAUGUUUUACAGUCAGUAGUAUCAGGACUGAGAUACCAGUUGGCUGCCUCUGGCACAUCUCUCUCUUUAGCCAGUUAAUACCAAUAUCCUUCCUAGAUGAGGAACAUGAAUCAGAAACUUGGUUCACCUUGACAGCCAUCAGCAAAUUGUACAGCAUCUUUUUUUAAAAAACAUACUCAGUCUGUUUACGGGGGCACUGGUGAGUUCCAGGGCUAAAACAAAACUCUCCCUGAAGGGAAUGUUGGAGUUAGUGGAGUGUGAGAUGGUCACAGGAAGUGUUGGGGGUGGGUGGUGGGGUGAACAAGAUGGCGGCUGUUUCUCUUCCUCAGAUCCCUAGAAUGCUUGACAAGACAGUUUCCCGGGAGAACCUCAUCUCACUAUUUUUCCCUUUUGUUAUGUGUGUAUUUAUUAGAGCAUUUGAAUAUUGGUACCUUUUAUUAAAAGGGUUGAUUUCAUGUUUUACUGUUGAGUUAAUCUUAGUUUUCCUACAAAUACUAUGAGUCAUAGAUCUUGGUUUCCUUUGGGAUGUCAGUUGACUUCCAUACACUAUAAUAUACUGUGAAUGUGUUAUGUUGUGACCUAAUACAUCGGCGAAGGAACAUGCAAACUCUUGGCAUAAUGUGAACUAAAACUGUAACUGAAAACGUCAGUGGCCAUUUUGCAGCAAUGAAGAGGAUAGCACUUUAUCUAGGCGAAAACUGGACUUUUUAUUUUUGAAAUAUCUUGAACUGUUUAUGGCUCAGAACUUAGGCAUGCCGACACUUCAUUUGUUCAUGCUUGAAGGGAGAUGUUUCACUCUUCACUGGAGAAGACGGAACAGGGUUAUUUCAUGUAAUUGUCUUAUGCAAGUGGCCAAAAUGGACCUUGCUUUGGUUAGAGGCAAAUGGAUAUUUAUUAAUAAUACUUUGUCUUUUUCCCCCUCCAUGAAGCAUAUUUAUUGAUCACUUUUACCUUCGAGGUGAACCUUUAUUCUUUAAAGAGAAGCACUUUCUAAAUGAAAGUGAUUGAUGGAGGGAAAUGUUUGUACCAUAUACAGCCCAAAUAUUUUGUGGGUUACAAAGGUUAAGAAAAUGGUUACUGGUUUCUAAUAUAUUUGGAACUAAUCAUAGAGCAAGAACUAUUAAAAUUACCUUUGAAACAACUCUUGAAGCUAAUUUAUUAGACCGAAAUGUUUCAAUUGGAAGCCCAAAUGCUAUCAUAAGGUUCGGCACAUUUUCUUUUCCUUUUUCUUUCUUUCUUUUUCUUUUUCCUUUUUUUUUUCUUUCUUUGGUGAGCAUGUAAAGUUUUCCCCAGUAAUGUAACCAAAGUCAUUGCUUUUAAUAGAAAAGGUAAGUUAAAAUUCAGUAUUCAUGAAGAGUUUUUUGGAACAGAAAGAGAUAAGCAUGAAGACUAUUGUACUGACUUUCAGUUGGUUGCGAUGCAGGGAAAAAGAUUGGAGAAGACCAAAUAUGAAUCUCCAUCAACACGCUAUUAGUUUCUAAAACAUAGGACUAUCUGGUAAUUAUUUCCUUCUUUUUCAGUAGAAACAAACUGGAGGCAGCUCUGUUCCACCCCCAUCAUUUUUCUUUUCAUGGAGAAAUCAUGUUCUCACUUGCCGUCCCUGGUUCCAGCAUAAAGCAGGGAAUGACAGUGGCGGUGGGACACGUGAGACCCCUCCAAUGUCACAGUGAUAGCACAAAGACCCAGCAACAGUCCCCUAGAUGGGGUUUGUGGGUUCUUUCUCCAGCAGGAGUGAGAAAGCCUGCUGCCUUUCUCUUAAUUUCUCUAAUUGCUGGGUAUUUAAAAAGAAAUGACAGUGUCUUUAAAAAGACUUAAAAACUUUUUUUAAAAAAAUGAAAUGUUUGUUUUAUUGGUUACUUGCUAGCUUAACAUCUAGAGUAUGGUACAGUAUGCUAAAUUUUUUUGUUUCAAAGCACAUUUUAGUAAAAUGGUGACAUGUAUAGUGCUGGUACAUUGAUGUGUUUUUCCAUUCCAAGCCAUCAUCAGGUAGACUGGCUUGAAAAGAGCCAGGAAUAAUACAAUCAGGGUGUCAGUCUGAAUAGGAAGCCAUUCCCAUGUGGUUUAAUGUCCUGGUUAUAUUUUGGGCUUAACAUAAGAUGGAAAAUGACAGAAAUGGUCCCUGUGCAUUUGUUUUCAUGGGUACCCUUAAUCUCAUGGGCAUGUUUAACUCGAAAGUGUGUUCUAACUGGCACAUAAGGCUUAUUUUAGAUACUGGAGUGUAGCUUUAUUAUGGAUGGAUUUUAUCUUUCAAACAUUUCAUUUUGAUCAAUUUUGUAUAUUCAUGUGUAUUAAAAUAUCGUGCACUAAAUGUUCUCUCCUGGUUUGCUAUUACCUGGUCAAGGCAUUGGCCAGCACCAUUGUGAUUAGCUCAUGCGAAUGGCAUGGGCCAGAGGAAAUUAUUGCCUAUUUUUCUGCCUAAUUAAACUUCUGUUCUCUAGUAUUACAUUAA